AUGGAGAAACCUAAGGUUAUUGGACCUAACGGUCUUGCUCCAAUCACUCUCGACAGACAGGCUGAUAUUCGUAUCACCACCAAGGUCAUCUACGACGUGAUCUCCAACUGCGACAUGAUCAGCCUGGAGGAGAGCAUGCAUGCCCCUGCUGCUGUUCGCAAGCAGGCUCGCACCGAUCGCCUUGCUGGCGUGCAGACAGUGUCAGCUCGCGUCAAGGCUCGUCGCUCCACCCAGCUGGAGAUGAAUGGCCCCGCCAAGCUCUAUGAUGCCUCAAAGGAUAUUGAGAAGGCCAUGAGGGUCGAAAGGGACAAGAAAGCUCUUGCUUCUCGUUUGACUGACUCGCGUGUCCCCGUUGCCACUCCGAAGGAUGUCCCUUCUCGUGUCACUUCUUUGCAUACCCCCGACUCUCAGAAGGCCUCUGGUAUUGAUCCUCGUGCUGAGCCAUUUGUUCCUGCUGCCGCCGCCGCCAAGGCCCGUGGACCCAAGGAUGAAGUCGCUCAUGCGCCUCUGAAGAGUACUAUUCGCAAGGCAACUCCUGCCAAAGCUGAUACCGAAAGCAAGGAUGUAGACAAUGACUCAAUUGCUAGUUCUAAGACAUCCCAGAAGGUGGAGUCCACCGGAGACAAGGAGUCCACUGGCUCUCCUAAGCAGACCAGAGGUCUUACUGCCCCCGCUGAUUUCAUGAAGCAAUUCCGUUUGCUUCAAUUGCAGAAGCAAAUGGCACCCAAGGUUGCGCCUACUGGACCUGCUCGUCGAAUCGUUUUCGGAAAUCUUCCUGAGUGGGCGAAUAUCUCUAGCAUCCUACAGCUUGUCUACGGUGGUGCUAUCGAGCGCGUUUGGAGUGAGAACGGCGAAGUUAUUGUGCAGUUUGUUGAGCAAGACGACUGCGUCAAAUACCAUGAGAACCACUCCGACGGCAUCAAGUUGAAGGAUGGUGAUGACGACCUCACUAUUUCCGUUACCAUGCCGGAGGAGGGUCUGCCGGACAACGCCGAGCUUUCGAGCCGUGUCGAAGAGGGCGCUUCCCGUGUCCUUUGUCUCUCUGGUCUUCCAACUGGCUUUAAGUCUAGCGACAACGAGAAUAUCUUGGGUAUUGCCGUUGACCCUGUCUGGGGUAGCAAGAGCUUUGACCAUAUUCUGAUCAAGCAGGCUGAGGGUGGUGUUGAUGUUUACAUCUUCUUCUAUGACCUUCACGACGGUUGGGACUUCUUGCAAUGCAUCAAGGAGGGAGCGUACGACUGCAUUGCCAGCUUCGAAGCUGACCCAUGCGCUCUUUCUGAGGGGUUCCACUUCAUGGAUGAGCCCAACUUGAUGUUCUCUGCCAUCUUCGCCGUGGAGUAG